AAAACCACUGUCACAGGGUCGGCAGUGUGUGCGCUGUUGAAGAACCGAUUUCUAUUUUUUUGUACAUUGUCCAUUCUCGGGCUUUCUUUUGUUGUCAAGUUUUAAAUCCGGAUUCAAGUAUGUCAAUGUCUGCAACAGAGUCUCCGUCUAUUUCUUUUGGAUCUUUGUUCGUUUUGGUAGGAUUCAUCAUCAUCUCGGGGAAAAUCGACUCAUAUCUCAUCUGAAGCCUGUUGGGUCUGAAUGCACAGCAGAUCGGGUGGAGGUGAGAUGCUACAGGAAGACUAUGAUGCGCACCCCGUCCGUCACUGGCCGCUGUUUUUGGCUCCGUGAGCUCGGCUGUCUGUUCUGCUGUGCCUUUACGCGCUGAGAGGAGCAGAGGGGAGAGGAGAGGAGAGGAGAGGAGAGGAGGGGAGAGGAGAGGCUUCCCCCGUCAGCUGAAUCACGCUUCACCACUGAGUUGAUUGACUGAUCUGAGAAGAAGAAGAAGGAGGGACGCAGGAGGGACAGGGGUAGACCAUCCAAAAAAAAAAAAGCAGUAUCUAGAGCGGCUGACUGACUGAGCUUCAGAGGGAGACGAGGGGAGUCACUGGACCUUUUGGAUAUUUGUGCGGGGGGGUUGGUGGGGGGGUGGUGAGAGAAAAAUGCUGCCUUCCCAGGAAGCAUCCAAAAUCUACCAUGACACCUACAUGCGCAACUCCCGGGCCAUCGGGGUCCUGUGGGCGAUCUUCACUAUCUGUUUGGCCAUCAUCAACGUGGUGGUCUUCACCCAGCCCUACUGGAUCGGCGACAGCAUCAACACCCCUCACGCCGGCUACUUCGGCUUGUUCCACUACUGCGUGGGCAACGGGAACUCCAACAGGGAGCUCUUGUGCCAGGGCACCUUCUCUGAAUUCAGCUCCAUCCCGUCGGGAGCUUUCAAGGCGGCCUCCUUCUUCGUGCUGAUGUCCACGGUGCUCAUCAUCAGCUGCAUCGGCUGCUUCGCCCUCUUCUUCUUCUGCAACACCGCCACGGUCUAUAAGACGUGCGCCUGGAUGCAGCUGCUAUGCGCCGUGUGUCUGGUGCUCGGCUGUAUUAUCUUCCCAAACGGCUGGGACACAGAGAUCAUCCGGGACAUGUGCGGAGAGGACACGGGGAGGUACACCCUGGGUAACUGCUCCGUGCGCUGGGCUUACAUAUUGGCUAUCAUCGGCAUCCUGAACAGCCUCAUCCUCUCCUUCCUGGCCUUUGUGCUCGGCAACCGGCAGAGCGACUUCCUGCAAGAGGAGCUGAAGGCCGACCACAAAGAUUUCGUCGUGUCACGGCUCCAUCUUGGCUCUUCUCUCCGAAUGGAUGGAAUUGAGAUCCGCGACUCAAAGGAUCCAAGAUACGCGGUCCACCGUUUCCACUGAGAACAGAACUUCCUCUCCCCCUCUUAAAGUCCCUCCCCCCCCUCCGUCCUCGUUCUCCUCCUCUUCCUCCUCUGAGUUCUUCAGGUUAAACCUUGAUCUGGACUUGGAUGUGGUCUUGGAGGCCCAGCAGUUUGUACAAAAAAGGACUCAAGUGUUUUCACCUGACAGGACGUAGGACCGUCAGCUUGACCAAACUCUGGGAUCAAAACAAAAAGUACAGAGAUAUUGUUUAAAAAAAGAUGAUAUAUCAAAGAUUAUAAGGUGAUUUAUUGUGAUCAAAUGCUUGCAGCUGGAGUAUUCUAUGAAAAUAUACAUAUUUUUACUGAGUGGAUUAUUUCCACCUUUAAAAGUGACGAUAUAAGUGCGUAUAAAAAAGCACACAGGUGCUACUUCUAUAAAAAAUAUAUGUAAUGAAAAGAUGCACACAGGUAAAAAAAAAGAUGAUUUUGUACAGCCACAGUGUAAUUUUUACAUCUUUUUCAAGUCAAUUUUCAACUUCUCUUUGUACAAGACGACUUCUGAUCCGCUCAGAUACAAAAAUAAAUCACUUGACAUGUUUCUAUGGAAACAGGGAAAAAAGGAAAAAAAAAAACGUCCAAGCAUCUUCUCCCUGAACAUGACACAACAUCCAUGUGAGCUGUGGAGUAGUGCAACCUGUUUCAUUGUCAAAUCAUGAUUUAAUGAAAAGAAAAAAGUGUGGAUUCAGCACGUCUUUAAACGUGUGCAAUUCGCCAUAAUCCCACGGCAGCCAUAUUCCUUUGACGUCACCUGCAGGGUGGGAAACUCAAACGCCGUUAUUAUGUCUCACCGCUGUGUUCAAGCCGCCGUGCAAAUUGUAUAAACUUUACAGUUUGACACUUUCACACGAGAAGAUAGCAAAGUGUAGACGCCUCACUUUCUGAAUUGUUAGCUUACAGUUGUGUUUUUGCAGGAAAUCGUUCAGUCAGACGGACGGCUCACAUUUUGUAAUGUUUUGAAAUGUCGAUCGCAGCAGCAGAACAUUGUUUGUGAUUGGCAUCGAGGCUCGGUGCUCAUCACUCCUCACAGGUUUAUUUUACAUGACGAGUGAUGAGGUGGUAUCUUAAAACCUUUUGUAAGAGCCUGCAGGUGGAUGCUGAAGUGAUGGAGAGUGUAAUGCUGGUGCAGGGCAGAGCAGAGCAGAAAGAGAGACCGGAAAUCUUGCAGCUUAAAUUGACGACCAAAUCGAGAGGAUGUCAUCCAAUCUGUUGUGAAUGAGCUGUUGGAAGCUAGUUGGUUAUCAAAUGUCUUAACUGUCAUUAAAAUAUGACCAAGCAGCAACCUCCCGUUUGAAAAAUUAAGCUAAUGCGGAAGUGCAAAACUGCAGUUCAUCGAGUGUCCA